AUGGCCUUCGUUCACCCAAAGUCUUCUCCAUGUUCUAAAAGUGARUUAGACUUAUUCACAGUACCACCAACUCAAGUAGAUGUAGAGAAAGGGUUUUGGAUAGACAUCAGACCUGUGGCUACAAUCGCCCAUCUCAGUCCAAUCGAGUACCAGAUUGUGGGAUCAGACAAUUAUCUUGACUUAUCCAAAACCUUGUUUUUUAUCACCCUGAAAAUAACCAAAGCCAAUGGGGCUGACCUAGGCGACAAAGAGAAAGUGGCAUUUGUUAAUUUACCUGUGCAAAGUUUAUUCAAACAGGUGGAACUCUACCUCAAUGGUGUUUUAGUCACAAAAGCKUCAGGGACUUAUAGUUAUAAAAGCUACAUCGAAACCCUCCUCAACUAUGGUCCAGCAGCAAAGAAUUCAGCCCUCACRGGAUCUCUCUUCUACAAAGAUACAGCAGGCUCUAUGGAAGCCACCGAUCCWACAAGUGGCGGAACAAAUCAAGGACUUWAMACACGUUACACAUUUACAGAGCAGAGUUACAUUUGCGACAUGUGGGGACCAUUACACUGUGAUAUGUUUUUCACUGAACGUCUUUUGCUAAACAAUGUGAACGUCACCGUCAAACUCAUUCCUAAUACACCUGCCUUCGCCUUGAUGUCUGGAGAAACCUCUCCCAAUUAUAAAAUCAGCAUCCAAAAUGCGGUUUUGAAGGUYAGAGCUGUCAAAGUUAGCUCUGAGACUCAAGUCAAACAUUUGAAUCAGCUGAAUAAGGGUAUCAAUGCGAAAUACCCCAUACGUCGCGUUGAGUGUAAAACCUAUACCAUUCCUAGUGGAAAUCCUUCUAUUCACAUAGGGGAUAUAUUUAAUAAAAAUGUACCUCAACGAAUGGUGCUAGGCAUGGUCGAUUCGGAUGCCUUCAAUGGGAGUUAUACUAAAAAUCCUUAUAACUUCCAACUCUACGAUGCAAGUGCCUUGAAAAUCCGUGUGGACGGAGAAAGUUACCCAUUUCAAGGAAUUAGCUUGAAAUUGGGAAGUGCUAGUGAACGAAACUUCAUGGAGGCUUAUCAGUCCCUAUUUUCUGGUACGGGAAGGCUGUUUGCAGACUCCGGUAUCGAUAUUGAUCGAAGUGAAUAUACCCGUGGUUAUGGCCUUUUUGCUUUUGAUUUAACUCCUGACCUUUGCAGUAGUUCGUAUCAUUUCAACCAGAAGCAGAAAGGAAACGUUUCUCUGGAAAUUCAGUUCACAAAGGGUCUCCCCAACGCUAUCAAUUUGAUAGUUUAUGGUGAAUUUGAGUCUGUGGUGGAAAUUGAUUAUUCAAGACACACGACCUUCGAUUACUCAGCAUGA